AUGGCUUCAGAGCCACAUUUGGAUGAAUUAAGAAACAGUUUGAACAACCUUCCUGAAGAGUUACAACGAAACUUCAGUCUGAUGCAAGAACUCGACUUGAGAUCUCAAAAAGUGAUGAACAACAUUGAUAAUAUCGCCAACAAUUAUUUGUCAAAUGCCAAAGAAUAUUCGUUGGACGAAAAGAAAGUAACUAUGGCAAACAUAACUCAUCAGUUUAAUAUAGCCAAAGAAUAUAGCGACGACAAGGUGCAGUUGUCUAUAGAAUCAUAUGAACUGGUGGAUAAAUAUAUUCAGAAGUUGGAUACAGAACUAUUGAAAUUUAAUGGAAAAAUUAAAUUGCAAACUGACGUUGCCAUCAAAGCUAAAAUGAAUUUACCACCGAAAAAAGAAGGUUCAAAAACAACAAGUGCACCACCUUCAGUCAGUGCUGUCACUGUUCGAUCAAAACCAACCAAUAGUGUAGACGAUGUUGCAGUUGAGACUGGUUGCUUUUCUGGUGCUUCAGUUGGUGAUGGAAUUUCACAUUCGGCUUAUGUAGACAUGCCUAUCGAUCCCAAUGAACCAACAUUUUGUCUGUGCAAACAAGUAUCCUUUGGUGAAAUGAUAGGCUGUGAUAACCCAGAUUGUGCAAUUGAAUGGUUUCACUUUGCUUGUCUCUGUUUAAAUACCAAGCCCAAAGGAAAAUGGUUUUGUCCAAACUGUGUAAAAGACAAGAAGAAAAAAUAA